AUGGACGACGAAGAUGAGUUUGGUGCCGACGCCGAAUUCCUCGAUGCUCUCGCAGCCUCUGAAUCCAAGAUUAACCCACCACCAAACGUCAAGACAAACACUACUCCUCGAGUGAUUCAACCUACGCCCCAACGCCUUGAUACUCUUCCUACCCAAGCUAAAAGUUCUCUUCAAAUCAGCCAUGGAGCUAAGGUUAUACAGCCAACUCCUCAAGUAUUAAAUUCUCGUUCAGCCACUUCGUCGAUUCUCGUUUCACCUCGACAAAAAGGAAAUCCCAUUCUGACAAACCUUCGCUCUUUCGCUUGGGAAUAUUCUGAUAUACCUUCUGACUAUGUGCUCGGAGCUACUACAUGCGCGCUCUUUCUCUCACUGAAAUAUCAUCUUUUACAUCCCGAAUAUGUCUACAAUCGUAUUAAAAGCCUUCAUGGGAAAUAUGAUCUGCGUAUAUUACUUACGCUCGUAGAUAUAACAAAUCACGAAGAAUGUUUGAAGGAGCUGACUAAAACAAGUAUUAUUAAUAGGAUGACUGUCAUUCUUUGUUGGUCAGCAGCUGAAGCAGCGCGAUACAUAGAGCUUUACAAAUCUUAUGAAUACACUUCUAAAGAUUCUACCGGAAUCAAAGGUAUGGAGAAGAAAGGCUACACGGAGAAAAUGGUUGAGUUCAUAACCAUUCCUCGUGGCAUUAACAAGACCGAUGCCAUAAGUAUAGUUAGUGCGUUCGGCUCGGUCAGAGCUGCUGUAAAUGCAAGGCCAGAAGAAGUUGCCAUCAUUGGAGGAUGGGGCGAAAAGAAGGUGAAAAGGUGGUGCAGUGUCAUUGACGAACCUUUUCGGGCAAGAAAGUUUUCAAUAAAACCCCCAAUGAACUAUGAAAGUCUGAUAACUAUAAUACCUCCUAACAAUAUUGAAACUUCCGCAAAAAAAGCAAAAGCUCCAAGCCAAUGA